GCAUGCAUGGGUUUGGUUCACUUUAUAUUUGUCCACCUCCGUCGGGACCCCCGGAACCGGUUCCGGAACACUACCGGUUCAGAUAUGGUCUGAUACUGUUUUCCUGCUAAACGUUCAUCAGGUUAUCGAAAAUGCCGCUGUUUGAUGUGUCGCAUGCAUGGGUUUGGUUCUCUUUUAUAUUUGGCCACUUCCGGCUAGACAUCCGUAACCGGUUCCGAAACACAACCGGUUCAGAUAUGGUCUUAUACAAUUUUCUUGCAAACCGUUCAUCAGGCUACCGAAAAUGCCGGUGUUUGAUGUGUCGCAUGAAUGGGUUAUUGUCAAUUUUAUAUUUGGCCACUUUCGGUGGGACACCCAGAACCGGUUCCGGAACACUUCCGGUUCAGAUAUGGUCUGAGACUAUUUUCAUGCUUACCAUUCAUCAGAUAAUAGCAAAUGCCGUGGUUUGAUGGGCGCAUGCAUGGGUUUGUUGCAUUUUCAUGUCUGGCCCCUUCCAAGGGUACCGGUCCGGAACACCUAAAUGGCCAUAACUCCGGAACGGCUGGACCGAUCCGAACCAUUUCCAAUAGGAAACAAUGGGACCAGAUUCCGCGUCGAAUGAACCGUCGGUCAUUAAAAUCGGUUGAGGUUUACUGCCAAAAAGUGAUGUGAGUUUUUUUGUACACAUACACACAUACACACAUACACACAUACAUACACACACACAUACACACACACAGACAUACAGGUGGGAGCUAGGGGCUUGUUCCCUAGCGCCAAUGAAAAACCACCAGUUGGCACUUUCUCUGCCCCCUACACCCUCUAGGAGGUGGAAAAGUGACCGAGCGCCUAACUCCAUAGGUGGCUCAAAAGAAGGCGUGCCGCUGAGCACAUUAGGACCGAUACCAGUUAGGUCCUAAUUACGGUAUACUGGCUACAAAGACUAGGAUUUCCCAAGGAUUUAAUCAACACGACGCUAUGGAGCUGGUUUGCGUAUUAUUCCACUUCCUUACUAAGAAUGGGUGACACCGUUCUGAAACGGCAUUUGGGCUAAUGGUACGUUUGCCCCCGUCCCGUUAAAACCGUGGCAGGCCUCCUAGUACGUUCAAAACUCGCCACCUUAGCUGGUGGAAAGUAGGCUCAGUUGAAGAUUCCUGACUAGCGUCGAUCGGCUCUGAUCACGGUACCCCAUGAAGGACCGUGACAACCUUAUCAUGGCCUCCCUGUUACAUAGACAACCAUGAGAUCAAUAGACGACUACUUACGACGAGUGGAGAUAGCGGCUCGGAGGGGGGACCCGAAAAGCAUGGAUAAAGAUAACGACAACAACAACAUAAACGGCAAAGGUGCGGAGAAUCCGUUCGCAAGAAGCGGUCUGGCGAGGUCGCCGACAGAACAGAACCAGCAGAUGCAACAACAGCAGCUGGAGCAACAGGAGCGGGAACAAGAGCUGCACGAGCAGCAGAAGCGAGUGCAGGAGCUGUGUGACCAACAGCAGCGCGAACAAGAACAGAACGAGAAGCUGCAGCAACGGCAGCUGCGAAGCGCAUGGAAUGUGCUUCCAAAACAAUCAAAGGUAGAAGCUGCGAAAACUGUAGCGGACGAACUCCGUGAGUUCGUUGACAAAAGGCACAACGUGCACAAGGAUAUCAAGGACCUCGUUGCAAGGAUCCAAGGUAGCCUUGGGUCAGCCAUCAAAGACUGGAGAAGGCUGAUGCAGAGAGCGGAAGCUGCUGAAACCGAGUUGGCGGCGACUAAGAACGCCCUGGCAGCAGCGGUACUACAACAGGCGAAAACCGGAACAGCCCCCGGUAGAGGUACCAAGACGAAAGGAAAGCCAUUGGGGAUGGAUAGCACACCAGCAUUCACCCCAAAGAGAACCAGAUCAUCACCUGGAGAUGAAAGGCUCGCAGCACCCAAAAAACAAAAGAAUGCGGAUGCAAGACCGACGAACGAAGUGAUUAGCGGCGGAAAAGGUGAUUCCCCCUGGCGCGAGGUCCGGAACAGGAAGGACAGAAACAAAAAGGAUAGCGCUAAAACGCAAAAACCUAUCAGGAGGAGGAAGAAAGGUGAAGCGGUCAUCGUAAAAACCAGCGAAGACACGUACGCCGACGUCUUGCGGGCCAUGAGAACGGAUCCGCAACUCAAGGAGUUUGGUGAUGACGUCCAGAAGAUCAGACGAACCCAGGCAGGAGACAUGAUCUUCGAGUUGAAAAGAGACUCGAAAAACAGAAGCUCAGCGUAUAAAGAGCUUACAGAGAGAGUAAUGGGCGAAAAGGUGCACGUGAAAGCCAUGUGUCCCGAAGCGACGCUCCAAUGCAAGGAUUUGGACGAGAUCACCACCGAGGAGGAAGUGAGACUCGCCAUGAGGGAUCAAUGUAACCUGGAAGGCGUGGAAAUGACGGUACGCUUGAGAAGAGGACCGUUUGGAACGCAGGCAGCGUCGAUAAAGCUUCCAGUAGACGCAGCCAACAAAGCGAUGACAAUCGGCAAAAUCAAAGUCGGUUGUUCAGUUUGCCCACUGAGGUUCUCCCAGCGACCGGAAGGGUGCUACAGGUGUUUGGAAUACGCAGUUGAAAACUGCAAAGGAAUCGACAGGAGUAAGCUGUGCAGGUGGUGCGGUCAGGAAGGUCACAAGGCGCAAGACUGCAACAACGAGCAAAGAUGCCUGUUUUGUGUCGACAAAAGUCUCAACAGACACGCGACGGGAGGCCCUAGAUGUCCGGCCUUUAAGCAGGCGAGAGGUACUAAACCGCAGUGGAGGUAACUCAACUAAACCUCAACCAUUGCGACACAGCCCAACAGUUGCUGUGGCAAUCCGUAUCGGAGUCGAAGUGCGAUGUGGCUAUCCUUUCUGAACCGUAUCGUAUACCAGCUGGAGACGGUAACUGGAUCGCAGAUAAGGCGAAGACAGCUGCUAUAUGGACGAUGGGGAAGUAUCCCAUCCAGGAAGUAGUGUACCAGGCAAACGAAGGCUUCGUGAUCGCCAAAAUUAACGGAGUUUUUGUUUGUAGCUGCUACGCACCUCCUCGGUGGACUACAGAACGGUUCAACCAGAUGCUAGACGAGAUAACCGACAAGCUAGCCGACCGGAGACCGGUCGUAAUCGCCGGUGACUUUAAUGCCUGGGCGAUUGAGUGGGGCAGCCGCCUCACCAACCCAAGAGGGCGUGUUCUGCUAGAAGCGCUAGCAAAGCUCGACGUGGACUUGGCCAACGUAGGAAGCACCAGCACCUACCGAAGGGAUGGUCGAGAAUCAAUAAUCGACAUCACUUUCUGUAGUCCCGUGCUGGCGCGAAACAUGAACUGGAGAGUUUGCGACGGAUACACUCACAGCGACCACCAGGAGCUGUUCGUCGAAGCUCUCAGAAGAGAAGAUCCGGGGUCGAAUCUAAGGCCGGAGGAGCUAACGGCAGCGCUGGUGCGUGCGUGCGACACAACCAUGCCUAGAAAGUUCGAGCCGAACCAUAGACGUCGUCCGGC